UUGAAGAUAAUUUUAUAGUGAUUCUGGUUCCGGUUUCUGCAACAUUAGCAACUAUGGACGAUUUUCUGAGUGAAGAUAAGACCACGUUCAUUGUCGAAGAAGUGAGCAAAAUCAUAAAAGAUUCUGUAGAAACGGUGAUAGGAGAAAACUCCUACAAGCACGGCAGAGUGAACCAGUGGACCACCAGCGUGGUGGAGCAGUGCCUCAUUCAGCUCAGCAAGCUGGAUAAGCCGUUCAAGUUCAUCGUAAACUGCAUCAUCAUGCAAAAGAAUGGAGCAGGGCUGCAAACAGCCAGCACCUGCUUCUGGGACAACGCUACUGAUGGAAGCUGCACAGUGAGAUGGGAAAACGACACCAUGUACGUCAUCAUCAGCAUUUUUGGGCUGGCCAUCUAAAACUAUAACAUUAAAACUGUUAAAUUUUCCUGUUUUCCACCAAGUAGAUUGUUGGGUGACAUUUUAUGAAAUGUUAUUUGUAAGUUAAGUGCAAUUAAACACAACUUUAAUAUGUCGGUAUAUACUGCUUUAUUUCCACAUUACAUGACACUGCCAGAUUUACAGCCUUGCAUUAACUAAAUCAAACUAUUAACAUUUGAAAAAAACAACCAUGUUUAGCCAACAUUUACAAGGAAUUACACAUAUUUACAUUUAUACAUCUGAGAUUAGAGCCCAUUUACAAAAGAAAAGGAGUAAAGACAAGGCACCAACUUGAUUAAAACACAUCCGUAUUGAACAGAAAUACAUUUAUUUUGGUUGUUUUUGUCCAUAAGCUCCUGACUCUUAAAACAGAAAAGAGCAGCAAGAACAACAUUGGCAAUACCAGUAAAGUUCUACAUAAAAAAAAAAAAAAAA